AUGACCACAGUGGAGGAUAAUCAACUGAUAGACGAACCAACUGGCGACGGUUCGAAGGAAGAGCGAAUCGUCAACUUUGUAACGGUCAGUCCCGAGUACUUCGAAAUAAACCGUGCUCGGCCGAUCAUUGACUGGAUCACGGGAGUUGUCGGCGCGCCGGUGUUUGCUAAUGACGCCUCGGGUCCGUCGCAAAACUGUACCCCCUGCAAGUGUGGAUCGGCGGAACCGACCGACGGACGGAUAGUGGGAGGCGCUCCGGUGGAGGAUAACAGUUUCUCGUGGAUGGCCGCCCUGUACUACAACAAUCGCUUCAGCUGCGGUGGCUGUCUCAUCUCGGAUCGCUACAUCGUAACGGCCGCCCACUGCACGACCAAACCGGACAAGGGCCAGUUCCGCGUCCAGUUCGGGAUUCACGAUCGUGCCAAACCGACCGGGGCGUCCGUGGAGCGUAGCGUGAAGCGCAUCUUGACCAACUGGUACAAUGCGUUCAACAACAACAACGACAUCGCCCUGAUGGAACUCACGUACCCCGUGGCGAUCGGGGAGCGCGUGGCCCCGAUUUGCCUCCCGCAAGCUACGGCCAUGUACGAAGGCAUCCGUGGGGUUGUAACCGGCUGGGGGCGCACCAAGGCCGGUGGCGGUCUCUCCGGGACGCUACAGCAGGCCGAGGUGCCGAUUCUGACGAACCGCGAGUGCCGCCGGGCCGGUUACUGGGCCUUUCAGAUAACGAACAAAAUGAUCUGUGCCGGAUUUCUCGAGGGCGGCAAGGACUCCUGCCAGGGCGACAGUGGAGGGCCGUUGCAGGUGCUCAACGGAGACACGAACCGGUACGAGCUGGUCGGGCUUGUUUCGUGGGGACGAGCCUGCGCCCAGAAAAACUUCCCGGGAGUGUACACGCGCGUCAGUCAGUAUCUGUACUGGAUCAAUCGCAACAUUAAGGACUCGUGUCAGUGUCACUAG